AUGGUUUCCACUUCUUCGUCGUCAUCUACUGCUCCAUCUACACGGGCCAAUAUCUUGGUUCUACUUGGUCUCGGUCUGGCCGGGAUUCUGUUACUUACCAGAAAGUUGAAGAGAGCUGUACGGGAAGACUUCGGUGCCUUUGUCCAGAAGCUUCAACUCCUUCCCCCGCCUCAACCUGCUCCCCCUAAAGCUCGCCAUCCGCUCACCGACCUCACCUUUGCCGUUUCCGACGUAUUUGACAUUGAAGGAUUUGUCUCUGGUUGUGGACAUCCUGAUUGGGCAAGUACACAUGGCGUGGCCUCUAAGACGGCAGUCGUGGUUUCAACUCUUGUUGACGGUGGUGCCACUUGUGUAGGAAAAACUGUUGUUGAUGAACUGGCUUAUAGUAUCAAUGGAGAAAAUAGGCAUUAUGGUACACCUACCAAUCCUGCGGCUCCUGACCGUGUUCCCGGUGGAUCUUCAAGUGGAGCAGCUGUCGCUGUAGCAGCUAAGCUUGUUGAUUUUUCAUUGGGGGUUGAUACAGAUGGUGGUGUAAGAGCACCUGCAGCGUUUUGUGGGAUCAUAGGAUUCCGGCCGUCAUAUGGAGCUCUUUCAAACAUGGGAAUGUUCACCAUUUCACCUAGCCUUGAUACAGUAGGAUUGUUUGCCAGUGAUCCUGAUGUUUUGAGGCGUGUCGGCCAUGUGCUCUUGCAACUUCCAUUUGGAGUUCAACGUAAACCCCGACAAAUUAUAAUAGCUGAUGAUUGUUUUGAACUAUUCAAGAUUCCAUUUGACAAGCUUGCUCAGGCAUUGAUAACAUCUACUGUGAAGCUCUUUGGAAGACAAGCAUUGAAGCAUGAAAUUCUUGAGGAGUUUCUGUGUUCUAAUGUUCCAAGCCUGAAAAAGAUUCUUACAAACAAAUCAGAUUCUAAAGUCAAAACUUCUUCACUGGGAAUGCUAGCACAUAUUAUGCAGGCUCUUCAUAGGUAUGAGUUCAGUGAUAUUCACGAGGAGUGGUUGAAGAUGGAAAAGCCUGUCCUUGAUCCUCUUAUCUCUGCUCAUUUGAAUGAUGCAGGAGAGAUUUCAGAUACGGAAAUUGAAAAAUACAGAUCUGUUAGAAAUGAAAUGCGUGCAGCCAUCAACACUCUCCUUAAGGAUGAUGGAAUUCUUGUGAUCCCAACAACAUUUGCUCAUCCUCCUAAACUCAAUGCAAAAGAGCUGCUCUCAGAGGACUACAUGCUACGUUCAUUUAGCCUGCUAAGUCUUGCUAGCCUCUCCGGCUGUUGCCAGGUCACAAUUCCAUUGGGGAGCCAUGACAAGUGUCCUACUUCAGUGUCUUUCAUAGCCCGACAGGGGGGAGAUCGCUUUCUACUAGACACAUUGCUGAGCAUGUAUACAUCUCUACAAGAGCAAGCCGAUGUUCUUGCUACAUCAAAUCAAUCUGGUCGUGCGGGAAACCCAGAAAUAUCUGCAGAGGUGGCUAAGGAAAAGGGAAACCAAUCAUUCAAAGAUAGGCAAUGGCAAAAGGCAGUUGGUUAUUAUACAGAAGCCAUUAAACUUAAUGACAGAAAUGCAACGUACUACAGCAACAGAGCUGCAGCUUAUCUUGAACUUACUAGCUUUCACCAAGCCGAGGAUGAUUGUUCGAAAGCUAUUGACCUUGACAAAAAGAACGUGAAGGCAUAUUUGAGAAGAGGCACAGCAAGAGAGGUGCUUGGUUAUUAUAAAGAGGCAAUCGAAGAUUUCCGAUAUGCCUUGGUGCUUGAACCAACUAAUAAGAGGGCAGCAGCUUCUGCUGAAAGACUGAGAAAGUUUUCUCGGUAG